CCUAACCCUCAACGCGGAAAGAACAGCGGCUGCGCCAGGACUCCCCAUGAAGUGAAGUGGAAACAAUUUCACAGCAAAUGGGGUGGAUGACCAGGGGCUCCUGUCAGGUCUGAGACCCGGGGCUGGGAGUGGGCUGGGCAUGUGAGCAGGGCCCCAAACCAUGGACAUUGUUUCCUGCUUCCUCUACUGUUUCUAUUUUGGCACCUGCUUGAAAGCAGUUCUUCAUCAUCUGGCUAGAUUGUCACAGUUUGGGGUAAAAGAGAAAUAAAACAGGCAACUUCUGUUUCAAUCUGUUCUUGCUGCUGCUUCUAACCGCUGCUUUGUUUGCACAGUGGGUGGAAUGCACAAGGCCCUCCAAAUUCCAAUCUUGAUGUGCCCAUGGGGGCUUUGUGGGAGGCUUCUGCUAACCAGGUUUGGGAAAACCACCAGGCAGUCCUGGCAGUCUGGGCAAGGCCAGGGCUUCCCAGGAAAGAGAAAUGUCUGAGACUUUCUAAUGCGUGUAUUUCUGUGCACUUAGCUGUGUUCUUGCCAGGUAUUAAUAUUAUUACACUUUCAGAAAAUAAUAUUCUGUCUAUCUAAUAAAAUUGAUGAAGGCUUGCUCAACAGAGAAAAACCAUGGUCAACACAUGAUGGAAUAUUAUUCAGUCUCAAAAGGGAAGGAAGCUCGGACACGUGCUACAACCUUGAGGACAUGGGGCUCCAUGAAAUAGGACGGUCACAAAAAAGCAAACCCCAUGGGAUUCUACUUAUAGGAGGUCCCUAGAAACAUCAGAUUCACAGAGGCAGAAAGCACAGUGUGGGUGCCAGGGGCUAGGCAGCUGAGGAAGGGGGAGUCAGUGUUGAAUGGAGACAGUGUUUCAAUGGAGAUGGAAGAGUUGGAGAGAUCAGUUCCACAACAGUGUGAAUACAGAUACUCCUCCACAUGCCACGGGGAUGGACACAGGUACUCCUCCACAUACCAUGGGGAUGGAUGCAGGUACUCCUCCACAUACCACGGGGAUGGACACAGGUACUCCUCCACAUAUCACGGGGAUGAACACAGGUACUCCGCCACAUACCACGGGGAUGGACACAGGUACUCCUCCACAUACCAUGGGGAUGGACACAGGUACUCCUCCACAUACCAUGGGGAUGGACACAGGUACUCCUCAACAUACCAUGGGGAUAGAUACAGGUACUCCUGCACAUACCAUGGGGAUGGAUGCAGGUACUCCUCCAUAUACCACGGGGAUAGAUACAGGUACUCCUGCACAUACCACGGGGAUGGAUGCAGGUACUCCUCCACAUACCACGGGGAUGGAUACAGAUACUCCUCAACAUACCACGGGGAUAGAUACAGGUACUCCUGCACAUACCAUGGGGAUGGAUGCAGGCACUCCUCGACAUACCACGGGGAUGGAUACAGAUACUCCUCCACAUACCACGGGGAUAGAUACAGGUACUCCUGCACAUACCACGGGGAUGGAUGCAGGUACUCCUCCACAUACCACGGGGAUGGAUACAAGUACUCCACAUACCAUGGGGUCAGCAUCCCCAUAAAGCCAUCUUAAGUUGAAAAUACUGUAUCUUGAAAAUAUUUUAAGUCAAAAAUGCAUUUAA